GCAGGUGGCGUGGACGGCGGCGUGCAGCGUGGUUUUCUACGUGGACUACAUGCGCUAUAAGAAAGAACCGCAGUAUUAUUACGUUCGCCGGAUGCUUGGGCUAGGUAUGUGCGUGUCUCGGGGUACGGCUGCCGUGCUCAACCUGUCGUGCUGUAUGCUGGUGCUGCCCAUGUGCCGUGCCCUCAUCACCACGCUCUCUGGCUGCACGUCCUCACGUACCGCACGCCCGCGCCCGCCCUCCCUGCCCGCCGUCUUGGCUGCGCCCGCCACCCACGCCGCCAAGUCCACGCACAUCAUGAUUGCUGUCACCAUCGUUAUUACGUCAGUGGCGCAUACGGGAGCACACUUGGCCAAUGCAAUCAAUUUCUCUCGACACUACAGUGCACAGUAUCCUGAAAUCAACGUGGCCAACUUCAGAGGCGAGGCUCCAUUCAGAUUGUUCGUUGCAACAGUCCCCGGCAUCACGGGCGUGGUGAUGGUGCUCGUCCUGGGCGCGCUGUGCCUCACCUCCAUGCGCUGGGUGCGGCGCCGCUCCUACGACGUCUUCUUCUACACGCAUCGCCUCGGCUUCGUCUUCCUGGUGCUGCUGCUCGUCCACCCGCUCAGCGGUGUUUUGAAGGAACAGAAGAAUCUGCAUGGUCACAUUCCUGGAUGCCAGAUGUACAAAGAAACAUUCAGAAGUGGAGUGGUUGGCAACCCUGAUCCGCAAGUCGGCUAUCCGGAACCAAACGAGCUGGACUACCCUGAACAGCAUGAGAUUGGCUACCCUGAACCACAUGAAAUUGGCUACCCUGAACCGCAUGACUUUGGCUUCCCAGAACCACAUGACAUUGGCUUCCCAGAACCACAUGAAGAUCAUUAUCCUGAACUUGAUGAGAUUGGCUUCCCCGAGCCAGACGAGGAUAGUUACCUUGAGCAUAGCGAAAUUGGCUACCCUGAGCCCUAUGAAGACCGUUACAUUGCCCUAAAUGGUGUUAGUUAUCCGGAGUCAAAUGCGAUAAGCUUCACUUCACAAGAAGUGAUUGGUUUCCCUGAGCCGGACGAGGUAGUUCAGCCAGGGUCGGAAGAAAUUGGGUAUCCUGAGCCGAACAUUGACUACCCUGCGUCUGAUGUUGGCUUUCCAGAACCCGACGUUGGCUACACUGGCUCGAAGGAGGACGAAGGUUCUCCUCGGCUCCGCGGCGGGAGUGGCAGGGCAGGCAAGUAUCACCGAGCGAGGAAAAAGCGGAGGAAAUGCCACAGACCGCCCGUCUUUGGGGCCAUUCAUUCCAAGACGUGGAUCUGGGUGGGCGUGGCUCUGCUGGUGUGGGCGGCAGACUGGCUCGUGCGCGUGUGGAGGAGAAGGGUGGAGGUGGAGGUGGUGGAGGUGGUGCAUCACCCUUGCGAUGUGGUGGAGCUCACUCUCAGGCAGCGGAGUUUCACGUGUCUUCCGGGCCAGUUUGUGAUGCUUCAGUGUCCACAAGUUUCCAAUUUUGAGUGGCAUCCUUUUACGGUGACAAAAACCCCUUCAGAUGACUCCCCCGGGACCUUCACCGUGUUCAUGAGGGCGCGGGGGGACUGGAGCAAACGUGUCGCCGCGCUGUUACCUUCGAAGUCUAGUCAAGUGGACGAUCCUAGUCAGAGACCUACUUACGGGCCCCAAGAGCUGUCUAGUCGGAGAGUACACGCAAAGCCAAAUUUAGUACAAGCUAACUACCUUUCCUCUAAAGGCGAUGGCGAGAGGCUUUUCUCGCCUCAGAGUGUGCAGCCUUGUCUAUCUGCUCGCGCAGUAGACGAAUCCAAAGUUUACUCCUUUUUACAGGGGAAGAACUCAAGCUUUAAUUUAUUAAGGGAGCACUGUACCUCACAGCCACCUGUUUGUACACACACGCAAGAUAAUGAGAGGUCUUGUUCACAGUCACCGUUAAUGAAGCAUUUUUCAUCAUCCCAGUCUUGCAUAAAAGUUCAUUCACAGUUCGAUCAUCCUUCGCCAGUGUUGCCACCUGGGAAGUUAUCGCAAAGUCAUGUUGGUAAUCGUAUCGAUAAUAAUGAGUUAGAAAGUAUAUUUUUGAAUUCUAGUAUAAAAACGCCAAUGCACUUGGAUAAACAUGUACGGAAAAUACAAAAUGAAAACGAGGAUUCACAUCAAACCACAGAGCACCACACCGUCCACAUAGCUCCAGACACCUGCGCAAGGCUAUACGUGGAUGGUCCUUUUAGUUCUCCAAGUGAAGAUAUGAUUCGGUAUCCGGUGGUAGUUGGUAUCGCUGGAGGAGUCGGCAUCACACCCUUGGCUGCUACACUUACUCAUAUACUACAUCACCCAGCCUCAUGGCCGAAGAGAGUGCACAUGAUCUGGGUCAUGAGAGAUGCUCGGCUCAUCUUGACCAUGGCUCAUCUGCUUUCGAGUCUGUUGCAUCAGUGUUGGCAGGACUGUACUGAAGACCGACUUGAGUUUUGCCUCCAUGUUACCACACCGAUUUCCCACGAGGAGCUGCAGAAAUUAUUUGGCAAUCACCAUCCCACCCUGAUCCCGAGAAUAAAACAGGGGCGACCUCAGUGGAAGAACCUGUUUCAUCAAUACAGCCAAGAUUAUAAGAAAACCAAAGUUGGCGUGUUUGCCUGCGGACCAAAAAAGCUGUGCCAAGAAGUAAAGCGACGGUGUCUUCGGUCCGUAACACAAGGAGCUCCAUUCGCCUACCAUCAGGAAUCUUUCUCUUGAAUAAUAAAAUAUAAUACUGUGUAUCCUAGAUGAUAAUGGUUAAUAGUUCAAUUAAACAUAUGCGCAAGACAUCAAAGAUCAUAUAGCACUAUAGGAAAAUACUGUGACGAGGAGGGUAAAAAAUAGUUAAUGAUUAUGACAGUGUGUUAGAUGCUAAAGGUAGUAAAGCACUAAAAGGAUAGUGUGGUGGCGUAGGCGGGAUUGGUAAGACGGGAUGUAAGCGAAGGGCAAUUAGUUAAGAUGGAGGAUAUCUAUGCAUCGGAGGAAGAAUAGGCUGGCAAAGGAAGAAGUCUGGGAUUCUUUAAGGAUGCUCAUAAGGUUAGGUAAGGAUUAGCAGAAGAAAAAAAAAGGUUUAAAGAAUAUUGUCAGGAGAAAUGUCAGAAGGGAAAUUAUUGUGACGUAAAGGAGAGGGAGAUUAGUUUAUUAAAUGUGCUCCACGUCAAAAGUCGUAGAGCAGUUCAGUAUUAUAUGACAUUGAAAGGGGAAAAGAGGGGCGAGGGUAGAGAGAGAGUGGUAGAGAUUGAGGUGUCUGGAUUUAGCUUGGCAAAAGAAUUGAAUUGGGAGAGGAAGGAGAGUGCAAGUGGAAACGUAAGAUGGAGGAACAAAUACAGGGGGAGAAAAAUGAAUGGGCAAAGUGUAGGGUAGCAAUCACUUUUGGCUUCGCGAAAAGUGAUCUGAGAGUUGCCACCUCAGACUCAAACUUGUAGGUAAGUUAGCCCCCCCCCCCCCCUAUAAAAUACAUUAUGGAACACAAAUGUCACACGUGGGUGACUGUGCAGAGCAGUUUGACUGAUCAUGACUAGGUUGGGCACAAAGGACUGGGCUGUGGAGUGGCAGUGUUUGGCAGGGGGGUUAAGACGUCAUUACCGUGUGGAGGCUAAUAUGGUCGGACAGGGUCAUUUUCCGCCAAUAUAAACUUCAUGGGGGAGGUCUUGUCUACGGGAAGUAAUUUUGGCAAUAUUGGUGGAGAACUUACGAUGGCCUCUAAGGGGAAUGGUGUAGCAUUGUACCGAUAUUGUAGUCCACGAGGAAGGCGAGUAAGUCUUCUCCACAUUCUGACCAACUUUGUCGUCUAUUAGUUUGUUGGGGGAGAUGGAGGCCUUUCCGAUACAAUUAAGGAGGGAGGUAUGAGGCUGGGCAGGAAUGGAUUAGCCAGUUAAGUCAGUCGUGGUUGAUAAUGCGUUAGCUUGGGAUUAGGAUAAUACUGACAGAGCGGGAACGAUCCGGGCGGCUGCGGAUUGAAACUUUACCCUCCCCCCCCCCUU